AUGGCCUCAUCGGCUCGAGAGCCGGCACCGGUCCGCAGGCUCACCAAGGAGGAGCGGGCUGAGCAGCGCAGAAAGAAGAGAGGACCUCCAAUUCGAUAUCCGUUUUGGUUUGGAGGGAGCGCAAGUAGCAUGGCAGCGUGUGUGACACAUCCCCUGGACCUGAUAAAGGCAUGUCUCAUUUCGCAGUCUUGCGUCGUGCGGUUACAGAUGCGCAAAGGCGACGCUCCCAAGUCCAUGAGCGGCACAUUCGUCCACAUCGUCAGGACGGACGGCCCCCUCGCAUUAUACAGCGGCAUAUCGGCCUCCCUCCUCCGCCAACUCACCUACUCGACUGUCCGGUUCGGCGUCUACGAAGAAAUCAAGUCGAGAUACACCAAGUCCGGCCGCGAGCCCACGUUCCCCGUCCUCACCGCCAUGGCCAUGACGUCCGGCUUCCUGGGCGGCAUCGCCGGCAACUUUGCCGACGUGCUCAACGUGCGCAUGCAGCACGACGCCGCGCUCCCCGCCAGCGAGCGCAGGAACUACAGGCACGCGGUCGACGGCAUGGUCCGCAUGGCGAGGGAAGAGGGCGCGCUCAGCUGGUUCAGGGGCUGGCUUCCCAACAGCAGUCGUGCGGCCGUCAUGACGGCCGGCCAAUUGGCCACGUACGACACCUUCAAGAGGCUGCUCAUCGACUACACUCCGCUGGGCGACACCCUGACGACGCACUUCUCCGCGUCCUUCCUGGCUGGGCUGGCGGCCGCGACGGCCACGAGCCCCAUCGAUGUCGUCAAGACGAGGGUCAUGUCGUCGACGCAGAAGCAGGGUGUUCUUCGAAUAGUGGGGGACAUUUACAAGACCGACGGUCUGGGAUGGAUGUUCAAGGGCUGGGUCCCCAGCUUCCUGCGCCUAGGGCCCGCGGGCUAG